CAACAAUCAUCGUGAAAUUCUCUUACAAACGCAUAUUUUACUUUUUAAAUGUGAGAACUUGCAGUGAACAUUUAGUUGCACAGAUUGUGACUGCAGUAUACAGUACAGUAUCAUGCAAUUGUUAGACAAUUAAUAUAUGGAUGCCAAAUAUGAAAAUUGUGAUGAUUGCUACAAAAAUAAUGAACAUGACAUGUACGCCAUAAAUUUAAUAUGCUACUAGGCAGUUUUCAAGCCAGUGCAUUUGUAAUAAUUUGGGUACAGCAUCACAAUCUGCGAAAUCACGGAUACUCCCAAAGAAAAUAUUCAUUAAUCAAUACGAAUACAGUCAUUUUAAAGAAAAGAAAAAAUCAGGAAAAAACAAAAGUUUGAUGGCACAGAUUGGCAGUCGAAAGAAAGGUGUCAGAAAACAACUGAAAAAGCUGCAGCAAGGGCAGCUGGCAAAAUCUAGAGAUAAAGUGAAGCACACCAAGAGGUCAAUACAUGGCGACUCAGUGCCGCGUGAGCCGGUGGACUACACAGAGGAGAGUGUGAAGGCACUGUGUAGACUCACAAAGAUAAAUGCAACUAGUAAACACAUCUCUGAAACAGUUUUCCAGCAUACUCAAAAGAAAACUGUACCUGCUAAAAAGUCCGAGAUGAAUGGAGAAUCCUCAGCAUUUACCAACAAUGACUUUGAAGAUUUUGCAAAAGAAUAUGAUUUUAGCAAAAUUAAAUGAACUAUGCAGCAGAAGAUAGCUAAUUUAUAAGUUGAAUCCCAGAACAAUAUAUCUAACAUAUUAAUGUGUAUAUUGGUUUUGGGACUAAAUGUGUACAUGUAGUUUGUAGUAUUUAAGUUUCAAGCUAGUACUAUAUUUGGAGUGUUUACACAUUAUAAAUAAGUAAUAUGAUCACUUAAAAAAAUAAAACUGUUAAAGUGUU